GAAACAAAUAUCUCAAAUUGGUUUCAGUUCUCUCUCAACUCCUGUAUUUAGAUGGUCUUUGUGAGAUGUGUUACCGCAGCUUCUGGUGGACCGCGGUUCCAUUCACGUGUUUUGUUUGUGUCAUCUCCAACCCGCUCGUUAUCAGGACAGGAGUGGUCAAGAAUCAGGGGCAAGAACAGGAUGCCAAACUGUAUGAUGUCUCCCAUCACAAAGGUAUCGCCAAUUUUGAAGGAGACGAAGGAUUCAACAAGGACGACGAAAAGAAGUUCAUCAGUUCUUCGAACGUAGGAAGAUACGGCGAACAAAACGGUAACAGGAAAGAUCAUUCGGAUCAGACCUCUUUCGAUCAAGGUUCUUUCCACGAAAAUGGCGGAGGCGACGUUUCUGAUUUCGAAGAAAAAAAGGCUCACAAAAAAGGACAUCAUAAGACUGGCUUCCAUAAUACCUACCACAAGGACGAGCAAGGAAGUAAUUCCAGUUAUUUUGACGAUGGCAGCGAUGAAGGGGAUGAAUACAGUCACAAAACCAGAAAAGGAUCUUAUGGGGACGCUGGCCAAGACAGUCGCAAAGGUGGAAAUCUGGACUCGGCGCAUCACAUGGACGAACAGGAAAGACACGGCCAUUACGACAACGCAGGUAAAUACGAAAAAGACCGAGGCAAUCACCAAAUGUACAACAAAAACAAAUACUAUGACGACAGGGAGGCAGCGAACCGCAGAAACGCUGCCAAUGCUUACGGUAUGGGAGGAAGAUAUAACGAAGAAAAAUUUGUGGGGAGACCUUACCACGAUCCCUAUUACAAUACCUACGACAGGUAUGCUCACAACGAUCACGAUGUAGGGUAUCCGAAAAAGCAUAUAACGAUUUAUGAGGAUCCCAGAUAUGAGGCGAGGCCUUACCAGAACCAGCGGUAUGAGGAUGAUUAUAUUGAGCUUGACGUUAGACCUCCGAGGAGGGAUGUCUACAGAAGGUUUGAAACUCGGCCUCCUUAUGAAUAUUACUGAACUUGCUGCUUUGUAUUAUUUUUAUUUAUUAUUGAACGUGUGGAAAAUAAAGAA